AUGACUGCAAAUAUAGCACGUGAAAUGAGAUGGCAUAAAGAGCAACUACCAAGCGAUGAUGGGGAAAGUAUGAGACAUCCUGCAGACGCAGAGUCUUGGAAGAGAUUUGAUGAAGACUACAGUUGGUUUGCACAGAAUGCUCGCAACGUUCGGCUUGGUCUCGCAAGUGACGGUUUCAAUCCUUUCAACAAUAUGGCUAAACCGUAUAGCAUUUGGCCGGUUAUCUUGGUACCAUAUAACUUGCCGCCGUGGUUGUGCAUGAAGGACCAAUUCUUCAUGACAUCCCUCAUUAUUCCUGGGCCAAAAUCUGCUGGUAAUGACAUUGAUGUUUACUUGCAACCGUUAGUCGAUGAACUGCUUGAAUUUUGGGAACAAGGUGUACCUACAUAUGAUGCCUCCACAAAGGAAACCUUCAUGUUGCACGCUGCUUUAAUGUGGACAAUCAAUGACUUUCCAGCCUAUGGAAUUCUUUCUGGGUGGUCAACAAAAGGAAGAUUGGCUUGUCCUGCUUGUAAUGAGGGCACAGACGCCAAUUGGUUGAAGUAUGGUAGGAAACAUUGUUAUAUGGGACAUUGUCGUUUCUUGCCGCCCGAUCACAUGUGGCGAAAGAGAAAAAAUUUGUUCAAUGGCAAAGAAGAUCAUCGCAGGCCACCAAGGGUUUUAGAAGGAUCAGAUAUUGAAGCUCAACUGUUGAUGCUUGGGGAUGUGCAAUUCGAUGUUAUGCAUAUUGAAAAGAAUAUAUUUGAUAACAUAUUGAGCACUUUAAUGAACAUUCCUGGUCAAACUAAAGAUAAUAUCAAUUCUCGACGUGACCUGGAGAUUUUUGGAUUCAGAAAAGAAUUACAUUUGAAGUAUGAUGGUGAACGUGUUACAAUGCCACACUCAAUGUAUACAUUACACGGUGAGGAAAGGAAGAAGUUUUGUGAAUGGCUGGCCGAUGUGAAAUUUCCAGAUGGAUUCGCUUCGAACAUCUCGCAUUGUGUUUCUGUACGAGAUUGCCGAAUCUCAGGGUUGAAAAGCCAUGACUGUCAUGUUUUCAUGCAAAGACUACUUCCUAUUGCUGUUGGGGGGUUUUUACGACCUGAUAUUGGAUUGGCCUUGACUGAACUGUGCACUUUCUUCAAGGGGUUGUAUGUUGAGACGAAAUUUACUCGAGUUGACCGCAACAUUGAUGGUGAAGCCGAGAGUAAUGAUGGCUUCAAAAUUUUCAACCAGAAAGUUCGUCCAAUUGGUACCGCUGGGAACAGGCAAUUAUCAGAUAAACUCCUAACUGAAGCAACCUGGUACAUCCUUAACAAUUGCGCUGAGAUUGGACCUUACCUAGAGGAGCAUUACGAGAAAUGUAGGGUGCACAACCCUAAUUCUAUCGAUCGAACACAUCAUAUUGAAUUUCCAACUUGGUUGAAGAAACGUGUUCAAGACCAGCGUAUCACCAACCCACUUGAUGUGGCCGAUGAUCUAUAUGCAUUAGUUUGUGGUCCUGAACGGUGGGUUGCAUCCUAUACUGCGUGCAUAAUAAAUGGCAAAAGGUUCCAUACUAAACAGCGUGAACUUCGGCGCCGUACACAGAACAGCGGGGUGUUGGUAACUGGGGAUGAAAAUACUAAUAAUGUAGACUUCUACGGUGUUAUUAAUGAGAUCGUGGAGUUACACUACAUGGGUUGGCGUCGGGUGUACUUAUUCAUGUGUGAUUGGUUUGACGUUGGUGAUCCAAGACGAGGGGUACGAGUUGAUAACCAUAUGACCAGUAUUAACAUGGAUAGGACUUGGUAUAAGGAUGAACCAUUUGUGUUGGCAUGCCAGGCUUCCCAGUGUUUUUACAUCAAAGAUAUAAGGGCUAAAGGGAGAUGGUUUGUGGUGCAGAGGUACACGAACAGGAAUGUAUAUGACAUUCCAUCGGUGCCAAGAGUGGUAGAAGAUAUUGAUGGCUCAACAAGUGAUGAUGAUGCAUAUCAAGAAACUAAGGAGUCAUAUGAUUAUGCACCACUUCAGUGCGAUGCAUGUCCAGUGACAACUCCACUGAAUAGGGAUGAUAUAGAACCUAUCUUGAUUGAGGCACAAGAAGGGUCAAGUUCGGUUGGUCAGAACUUGGGUGUGGAAGACUUUAUUGACGAUGACAUGAUAGAUUUUGGUUCGGGAGAUGCUUCUGGUGAUGGGGAAAAUUUAGAUGAGGAGGACUUUUCCACAGAAGACGAGUCUCUAUCAGACUAG